UGUCCCUGGGUGUCCCUGGCUGUCCCUGGGUGUCCCUGGGUGUCCCUGGGUGUCCCUGCAGUGGGAGGAACCCGGAUAACUCAGGGUUCUCCUUGCUGCUCUGCUGCCCCGGCAGCGCCGUGAUGCCACCGAGGCUUGCACAAACUUUCCAGCUGUGGGAAUGAAUCCUUUAAAUAGAAACACAGGGAGGGGGAGGAAAAGCAAAGCACAGAGGGCAGGCUCAGGUCCUGGAGCAGGUCUGUGUGAGACAGGCCCAGCACACGUUGUUCUGGCUGCCUGCAGUGAGCUCUGCUGACGCUGUGGGGGUGCUUGGGCUGUCCUGCUGCUUCUCUGCAGGUUCCAGCCUUGGAGAAACCUCCCCCCAGUGUCCCUGCCCGUGGAGGGGGUUGGAAUGAGUUGAUCUUUGAGGUGUCCUCCAGCCCAAACCGCUCUGGCACUCCAUGAGCCGGUGUCUGAUUUUCAAUUUGUGACUCUGAUUUGGGAUCUGCUGCCCAUGAGAUGCUCAGGUGGCCUCCUCUAAGGCUUGAACAAGGUCUUGGUCGUCCUCAGAAACACCAGCCUGCCAAACCCCACCCCUCCAAAAAGUAAACCCCAAACCUGCAGAGAUACAGGCUGAGUGUGAAACGGGUGUGCAGGAGGCCCUGAAGUCCUUUACAAGGUCCUGGAUGUUUUUCUGACAUAGCCUCAUCUUGCCAGGGAAUUUUUCAUAAAACACAGCGUGUCCUGCUCUUGCUUUGUGCAACAAAAAACCUCUAAAACCUCUGUUGUGUUAUUUGUGUGCAAACACACUCAACACACACGUGUUUUCUGUGAAAUCCCAUCUGCUGAACUCCCCUUGCUGAGGAAGAUCAGGAGUUUUGGGGACUCUCUGAAACCUCUUUGCUCUGCAGGAUGACUGUGUGGAAACUCUGCUCUAUCUUUCUUAUCAAUGCCUGUGUCUUUUUUGGAAAGCAAAUGGAACAAAAGCAGUACCUGGGCUUUGUGUCGUCUCCAGAAGAGCCAGACCAGUUUGCUGCUGGGAGAUUCAUGGAAUCUCCUCAGCUGGAAGGGACCCACCAGGAUCAUCAGUCCAACUCCUGGCCUUGCACAGGACAAUCCCAAAAAUCAAACCGUGUGCCUGAGAGAAUUGUCCAAAUGUCUCUUGAGCAGAGGCACAGCCAGGAGCUGGGACAGGACAUUUUUCAAGCCUGCAGCUUCUCCAGCCCGGUUUCAGACCCUCCUUCCCCCAGAGCAGCCCCAGAGUGGUGGCUCCAAAGGCUCAGCUUUUCCCUUUGUGAUGCUAAACAUCAAGGAAGGGAUAAUCAAAUUAUUUCCACACGAUUACAUGGACGAGUGCACGGAGCACCCCGGAGAGAUUUGUCCUUUGUCCCUUCCCGAGGGCCACUGGAUCUCUCAGAGAGGCCAAACACCUCUCUGGAUGCUGAGCAGGGAGAUGGGAGGGGUGAUUUGGCCACCCUGGGUCGCCUUUUUGAUCGCUCCUGGACCUGCUCCCCUGGUUCCCACCGUGACAGCGAUGUCUCUCCCAUCUCUUUCUCCUCUCUGCAGAGUUUUUAGGGCGCUGCCCCCUGAUCCCCCCUGGGGGAGAUCCCCCCAGGCACCCCCGUUCCAGGGCACAGCCCGUGGGGAGCAGCUGCUUCCCGGCUGGAGCCAGCGCUGCCGGGGCUUGCGCAAUUCUGGGAUGAAUCAGCAGCACAUCUGGGCUCCUGAUGAGGCUGCACAGUCACAUUUUCCCCUCCAUCCCCGCCCGAUGAGCUCUGGAGCCCCGGGAAGGCAGCGAUCCAGCCCGGGCUGCCUGGCUGGGAGGCGGGAGGGAGAGGAAGCCGGGCUGGCUUUGCCUUGCAGGGGAAAUAUUAAACGCUGCCAUCAAAUAACUGGGUCAUGUCCCUGUGUCUUCCUGAGCCGGGCUGAGAAGCCAGGGCUGUGUUCUCAGCCUGCUUUUAGCUUCCCUGUGCCCUGGACUUGGGCGUGGAGGGGAGACUCCGCUCCUCCUGCUCUGCUUUGA